AUGGCAUACUGACAUAAAGAGACAUGUCAAUAAUCAAGGUCCUCAUGGCAGACACCUUCUCCAUCUCCUUCUUCCUCCUGUUCGCAGCAGUGCUCUCCUUUAUCCUCCUUUUCAAAUCUUCCAAAAAAAAGUGCAGCCGCUAUAAGUUCCCCCCUGGACCCAAACCUUGGCCCCUCAUCGGCAACUUCAACAUCCUCAACAUGAGCUUCCCUCAGAGAACCAUGUACAAGCUAGCAGAGCAGUAUGGACCAGUGUUCACCUUCCAUAUGGCCAGGAAGAAGUACAUUGUUCUAACUGGAUAUGAUGCUGUGAAGGAGGCUCUGGUGACCCAGGCAGAUGACUUUGGGGAGAGGGGCUUGACUCCAUCAACUAAGCACAAUUUUGAUGGCAAGGGCAUUGUGUUUGGGGUGGGUGAGUCCUGGAAGACCAUGCGCCGCUUCACGCUGUCCACACUGCGGGACUUUGGCAUGGGCCGCAGUACUAUUGAGGACCGCAUCAUAGACGAGGCACAGCAGACGCUGGACGUCUUUGCACAAUACAAAGGCAGGCCUUUCAACCCCACAACCCACGUCAACUCUGCUGUUUCCAACAUUAUCUGUGUGCUGGUGUUUGGUCACCGCUUUCAGUAUGACGACCAGCAGUUCCUUCGUCUGCAGCAGCUGGUCAGUGAUUCUAUUCGGCGGAGUGGCAGCCCUAUGGUGCAGCUAUAUAAUGCAUUCCCUCUAAAAAUAUUCCUGAUGGGUGAUAUUCAAAGGGUUAGGGCCAACAUCAAAGAGGUACGGUCUUACUACAGGAAAGUGUACCAGCAGUACAAAGCAGAACAUGACAGGAACGACGUGAGGAGCUUCAUUGACCGCUUCAUCAUCAGGCAAAAUGAGGAACACAACAACCCCAACACUUACUUUAAUGAGGAGAAUAUGGAGCGGUGUGUAUCGAACCUGUUUGCUGCAGGAACAGAGACCACGUCCACUACCCUUCGCUGGGGUCUCCUGUUCAUGAUGAAAUACCCCCAUAUUCAGGAGAAGGUGCAGGUUGAGAUAGAAAAUGUGGUCGGCAGAGAGCGCCCCCCACGAGCAGACGACCGCAAGCGCAUGCCAUACACAGACGCGGUGGUGCAUGAGAUCCAGCGCUUUGGGGACAUAAUUCCAAAUAACCUGCUCCAUGAGACCAGAGUGGACACCACCUUCAGGGGCUACCACAUCCCAAAGGGCACCCCGAUCAUCCCCCUGCUGUCCUCUGUGCUGUAUGACAAGACCCAGUGGCAGACGCCACACAAGUUCAACCCCGGGCACUUCCUGGACGCAGAGGGCCGGUUUGUUAAGAGAGACGCUUUCAUGCCCUUCUCUGCUGGUCGGAGAAUAUGCCUUGGGGAGACCCUGGCUAAGAUGGAGCUUUUCCUGUUCUUCACCAGCUUCCUACAGAGAUUCACAUUCCAACCCCCCCCAGGAGUCCAGCCUCAGGAUCUGGACCUCUCACCAUGCCGAGGGAGCACCAGCUCACCCACGCCCUAUGAGCUCUGCGCCAUCAGCCGCUGACACACGUCAAUACCCUGGAACAGAAGAACAGAAAUGAGAAACGCACGACUUGUUGUACACACGGCCACUUCCCCAGCCUGCACGCACGCACGCACGCACGCACGCAGUCCAGACACACACUGAAGAGCACACGUGUCAGAGAGCCAUCCUAUACACAUUUUGGAAGCAGUAUUACAGCUAUAUUUACUCCCAUUUCUUUUGCUGAAUUAAUCAUUCCGGGUGUUUUUCAACCAUGUUAAUAGAAAAGUCCAAUCUUAGAAUUAGGGUAAGUGUUCAGGUUCAUGCAACUUUAUAGGGUUAUGUUCAGGAGUGAGGGAGUAAGCACAAGCAUUAGUCACAGAUUUGGACCACAAGUUUCUUUUUUUUUGAUUAUUAUUAUUUUUUUAACGAAUUUCUUGAUUCCUUUGUUUACCUUUGACAAAUUGAUAUUUAGAUUAUUUCUUUAAUCAGAAUGUAAAUUCGUACCAGAGAAUUUUGGGAGCCAGUGUUAGUUUAGCAAGUGCAGGUAAACAUGAUGUGUAAACAUAAAACUUUCUGUACAGUAGUCCAAAAGCAUGCCCUACUGUAAAUUUUAAAAGUUGAGAACAAAAUAAAUUAAUUUGUGUGCAGAAUUUAUUUUGCCCGCAUGCAGAUUUAUUCUGUUUGCACUCAAAAGUCUGUUCACCCACACAGAUUUGGCCUGCUCUCACAUGCCAUCUCGUGCUUGAAUUAUAACUGAUCUCAAGUACUCAAUAACUAUAACUUUAUAUUUAUCAAAUUCACUGCUAGUUCUAACUACCUAGCUGGUUAACAAAACAGGUUACCUAAUAUAUCUUGGCUAACUAACAUCACUGCCUAAUGUUAGUUUAGCUUAAUUCACGUUAUGCGAUGUUGGAUUAUCAAAACAAUUACAGAUUGUAAUUGGACUUUUGGUAACUCCAUUAACCUCCAUUCAUUCUGUGAGCAACUGUUGUCUGUCCAACCAGUACAGAUGUUUCAAACCGGAAGUGUGGCCUCUUGCUCCAUCCUCUUCCUCUCUGGUAGCUACCUCUCCUUCUGAUUCUCUAAGUUUUUGGCCAUUUUUAUCUAGACGGCAACAUACGCGAGCUAGCUGCCUCAAUGUUUUCAUAACAUAUCAUGUUUGUCACUGGUACAGGCCAGUAAAUACCCCAAAUCCAGCUGGCCAUUUUUAGUGCCAGCAGAAUAAAGCCAUGCACCUGCAAGAUAAAUAACAAAAUAAAAUACAAUCUAUAGCUCA